AUGCCUGUUCCGUUCCUGGGGCGCCUCGCCAUAACCGAAUAUGUCGCCGUAAUAGGGUCAUUCAUCUUCGUCGGCCUCGAGGUCAUCAUCCGAACUGAUGAUGGGUACCUCCUGGGCCUUCAUCGGCUGGCAUGGAAACGAGGCGAGGAAGACACCAAGGUCAACUCUGGUCCCAAUAGCGUGCAGAAGCGUGUCAUCUACCUACAUCAUGGCCUCCUGAUGAACAGCGAGGUGUGGCUUGGAAACAACCGUGGCAAUAAGUACUCCAAGAAGUCUGUCCGUUCGGCUCCGACCUCUCUUGAGUUUUGGAACUUCUCGAUCGAUGAGUUUGCCUUCCAUGAUAUCCCCAACAGCAUAGAGUAUGUCUUGAGCAGCACGGGACAGCCGUCGCUCUCCUACAUUGGUUUCUCGCAGGGAACAGCCCAGGCUUUCGCAGCUUUGUCUAUCCACCCAAAGCUUAACCAGCAGGUCAACGUCUUCAUUGCGCUGGCGCCAGCUAUGUCGCCCCCCGGCUUGGCCAACGGCAUCGCUGAUGCUCUGAUCAAGUCGUCACCUCAAGUUCUGUUCCUCAUGUUUGGUCGAAGGUCCAUCCUCAGCUCUGCUCCGCUGUGGGAAUCGCUCGUUUACCCUCCAUUGUACAUCAAGAUCCUCGACAUGGGUAUGAAGUUCUUAUUCAACUGGAAAGGCAACAACAUCGCCCACGCUCAGAAGCUGGCUGCCUAUCCCCACCUCUACUCUUUCACCUCAACCAAGUCUGUUGUCCACUGGUUUCAAAUCAUCCGAACCAAGUCCUUCCAGAUGUUCGAUGACGACCCGCCCCUGACCAUCGGUACGAAUCCUCGGUUUACGAAGGUCGCCAAGUACCCGACCCGUAACAUCAAGACGCCUAUCGUGCUGGUGUAUGGAGGCAGCGACUCGCUAGUCGACAUCAAGGCGAUGCUGCGAGAGCUGCCACCAACCACAGUCGCCACUGAGAUUCCUCACUAUGAGCAUCUCGACUUCCUAUGGGCGAAGGACGUCGCUGCUCAAGUCUUCCCCCACGUCUUCGACGCCCUCGACAGUUUCACCGAUGCGGAACACUCCAAGGAUGAGUUUGACAGUUACCGCCGCGCAAGGCAUCAGAGCCUGAGCAAAAGCAACACGUUCUGGAGGAACGCGCGCUCGCAAAACGGCAGCGAUGUUAACACAAGCGAUGUCGACAGCGCGCUAGGCAGUGCCGUGAAGCUGCCGCACCAGGCUCGCGAGGGAGUCGCACGGAAUUUCCAAUACAGCGACGACGAAUCUUAUGUGACCGAGACGAGUGACCCGAGCGGGGAAAGCCCGAACCUGGCUCAGUCGAACAAGAGCUCCACCUCUGUCGGGCUGGACAUUGCUCAAGAUAGGCGAGGCAGCAGUGGCAGCCUAUCAUCAAAAACAAGCAAUUCCAAAAGGUCGCUGCGGACGGGGAAAGGCAUCAGCUUUGGGAAGGUUGCGAGUGCAGGUGUGAGCACUACGGACGUGACGGGCGUUGCGACCGCGAGUCCGCAGCAGGCGAGCACAGAUGAUGGGGCGAGAAACCGCCUCCGGAUGGUCUCGGGGCAGCGGUAG